AUGGAGACAGCGCAGCAAAAGAUCGAGAGAGCCAGAGCAAGGCGCGAGACUGGCUUAGCCAAAGUCGAACCAAAACUCGCGGCCUUGCCUGCCCAGCUACCCCGCAGGAGCCUGGAGCUGCCAAGCAGUGUUUUGACGGCCAGAGAAAUCGAGCUCACCGAAAAGUACGAUGUCAUUGAGCUUCUGGCCAUUCUCAAAUCCAGGGAAGUAUCUGUUGAGGAAGUGGCCAGAGCCUUUCUACUGGAGUUGAUGUGGGAUCAAGCCAUAACCAGAGCCAAGUAUCUCGACGCGCUACCUGAGCCGCAAGGAGCCUUCUUCGGCCUGCCCAUCUCUACCAAGGAACAUCAUGGCAUGGUUGGUGAAAAUAUCAUCACUACAGCCUCUGUGAUUGCAUGGGUCGACCGCAAGCACGGCUCCAACGUGCUCUACGAUGAUCUUUGGGAAGAAGGCUGUGUAUUUUACGCUCGAACUACUCAGCCGCAAACUAUCAUGCACCUAGAGACCGUCAGCAACCUGUGGGGGAGAACCGAUAACCCAUACAACCGUGACCUAACAGCAGGCGGUAGUAGCGGAGGAGAGUCUGCUCUGAUUGCUAUGCGUGGUAGUCUGUUGGGAAUUGGUGGCGACAUUGGCGGCAGCAUUCGCUGCCCUUCCGUAUUUGUUGGCAUCUAUGGAUUCAAGCCGUCGACGAAACGCAUCACUGUCGCAGGUCAGAUAGGCCACAUGGCGGGCCGGGAAACCAUCUUCAGUACACCAGGGCCCAUGACCGUGGACCGUAAAGCGAUGGAGCUACUCAUGAGGGUGAUUCUUUCCAAGCAGCCAUGGCGCAAGGACCCUUCAAUUGUCCCAAUGCCUUGGAUCCCUCACAAGUUCAGCAAGCCCCUCAAGAUUGCAGUUCAGUGGUGGGAUGGUGUUGUCAAGCCGCAUCCCCCAGUCACCCGCGCACUCAAGGAAGUGGUUGCAGCCUGCAAAAAGGCAGGCAUGAAUGUUGUAGACUGGGAUUGUGAGAAGUUGGACCACAAGAAAAGCUGGGAGAUCAUUUCUGCGCUUUACUGGCCUGAUGGCGGGCUAGAGACCAUAGAGUGUCUCGAGGGCGCCGGGGAUACUGUGCUUCCACUCACGAAAUGGGUCAUCCAGGAGCAAUCUAGUGUAAAGAAUAUGACUCAAGCCGAGCUUUGGCAGCUAUGCUACGCCCGUGAUUCGUAUCGUGCAACAUACGCGCAGGCCUGGAACGCGACCGCCAAUAUCGACGGCGAUGAAGUCGACGUGAUUCUUUGCCCCGCGAGUUUCGGAGCGGCCACUCCGCAUGAGCAAUCCAAGUACUGGGGUUACACCUCCCACUGGAAUAUGCUUGAUUACCCGGGCGCUGUGUUCCCCGUCACCACGGUCGACGUCUCCAAGGACGCCAAGGAACUUACUUACAAGCCUGUCAACGAACAAGAUCAGUUCAUCUACGACAUGUAUGAUCCCGAAUUAUUUGCCGGGGCCCCAGUAGGUCUCCAAAUUGUUGGAAGAAGACUCCAGGAAGAGAAGGUCCUCGCCGCUCUGGAACUGGUCGAGCACGCUAUGGGUCGUCCUUGA